AUGGCAUUGCAUCGGAUCAAACGCUGGGUCCUGGAUGAUGAUGGCUUGCCACAUGGGUUCUGUACAGUCACCUAUUCGUCCACAGACAGGUUUGAAGGAAACUUCAUACAUGGCGAAAAGAAUGGCCGCGGCAAGUUCUUCUUUUUUGAUGGAAGCACGCUGGAAGGGUAUUAUGUGGAUGAUGCUCUGCAAGGCCAGGGAACCUACACUUAUGAGGAUGGAGGAGUUCUUCAUGGCACAUAUGUGGAUGGAGAACUAAAUGGACCAGCCCAGGAAUAUGACAGCGAUGGGCGACUGAUUUUCAAAGGGCAGUACAAAGACAAUAUUCGACAUGGAGUGUGUUGGAUAUAUUACCCAGAUGGAGGCAGCCUUGUAGGAGAAGUAAAUGAAGAUGGGGAGAUGACUGGAGAAAAAAUAGCCUAUGUGUAUCCUGAUAGGAAGACUGCAUAUUACGGAAGGUUCAUAGAUGGAGAAAUGCUAGAAGCAAAAUUGGCAACCCUGACAUCUGUAGAGGAGGGGAAGCCAUACUUUGAGCUGGUACCAGGCAGUCCGGUAUACAAUUUUGAUAAGUCUACUUCAACUUGCAUUUCUACAAAUGCACUUCUUCCUGAUCCUUACGAGUCAGAGAGGGUGUAUGUUGAUGUGUCUCUCAUUUCCAGUGCUGGGGAAGGACUGUUUUCUAAAAUAGCAGCAGAAGCUAGCACGGUUAUGUCCUUUUAUAAUGGAGUGCGAAUUACACACCAGGAGGUGGACAGCAGAGACUGGGCCCUCAAUGGAAACACAAUAUCCCUGGAUGAUGAAACAGUCAUAGAUGUGCCAGAGCCCUACAACCAUCCUGCCAAGUAUUGUGCCUCGCUGGGUCACAAAGCCAAUCACUCUUUCACUCCUAACUGCGUUUAUGACCCGUUUGUUCAUCCUCGUUUUGGGCCAGUCAAAUGUAUCCGUACCAUCAGAGCUGUGGAGAAAGAUGAAGAACUAACAGUGGCUUAUGGAUAUGAUCACAAUCCCAUGGGGCAGAAUGGGCCAGAAGCACCAGAGUGGUACCAGGAGGAACUGAAAGCCUUCCAGGAUGCUCAGCAGAAGUGAAAUGCAAGCUAAUUCUCAGUUCAGCAAACUGAAACAAACUUGGAUCUAUGCACUACCUUUGUACUGAAAACUGGACAACCAGGGAUUGUUCAUGUUGUUGCAUCAUAACCUCUCAUUCUGUGUUAGAGAAAAUUAUCUUUUUUUUUUUUUUGCAUACUAACUAGAUUUGACUGUGUUAAUCAUAGCAGAUUUAAAAUUAGCUAGUGUUGCAGCAGUCUUACCUGAAGGAAUCACUUAAUAUUCUAUACAAGGUGUGAUAUUCAGUAGCUUAUGCUUUUGCACCAUUUGCAAGGAUGCCAAGAGAUUGAACAGAAAAUUUAAAAGGAUACAUCAUUUACUUUUAGUCGGCUGACUUCAGUGUUGCUAUAUCUGCAACCUAGGCAUUAUUGUGCAAUUGUAUUUUGCAUACAUGCCAUUUGUGAUGGAAAUGGUAACAUUUUGAUAUUCUCUAAUAGUAGCAUAAUUUGCCUUUUUAAACCUUUUGAUCUGAAUCUUGCAAUAGAGCAGUUUGUUUAUUAGUGUAUUGGAGGUUGGGUUUUUAACUCCCUUUUCCUCUUGUCUGAACUCGUUCUUUCUACACUUCCUCUUUUGCAGGAGAAAACCUUUCUUAUAGAUGGAAAGGUUUGUGUGUGUGUAUGUGAGAGUGCUGUGUGUUGGUCUCUCUGGCUCUCUAUAUAAAUAGUUUUAGUAACGAGUCCAAAAGGAAUAAUUGUCUGGCCUUUGGGGCUAGUAUAUCUUAUUUAUGAUUAUCACACACAAAGAUAAUUUGCAGGAAGAUGUGCAAAGAGGAGAAGGUGGUUUCACUUUUAAGAAGCUAUUAUUGAUGUAUGUUCAGGAAGGAAAAGAACAUUUGCUAAGGUAGAACCUAAGGGUUUCUUUUUUAGUGUCUUGUUUACCUGAAUGACUCGUUAAGGCAGAAUUCUAACUUCAAAUGCAGUUCUCUCCUUUUGAAGUCAUUAGGAGAAGUGUGUGUAUCUGAGGGUAGACUGUAAUGAUACAUUAGGAUGUAGGUCCAUUGUCUGCAGGUUUUACAUGAAUAGAGAAUAUAGCCUAUACAGCAGCGGUCUCCAGCCUUUUUAAGUAGGGCAUCACCUCUGUCAUUUAAAAGCAACCACCAGCAGGUAAUUCUGGGGAGGGAAGUGGGGUGGGUGGGGCAGAUUGAGGCCAAGGAAGAAAAAGUUAUGUGGCUGGGGCCACACUCAGCUUACCCUGCUCCUGUCUUUGCGGCACUGUCCCUCACCAUGGGGGCCUCAAUCUAUCACCCACCCCUUCCCUCCCCCAUGGACAGACCUGCUGGACUGGGGCAUGCACGUACAUGCACGCAGGCACUCAGUCCCCCACCCUAGCCUCGAAUCGACUCCAAGAGGCUCUAAGAUAUACCACAAGAGGCUCUGAGAUCUACCGGUGGUGACCACUGCUAUACAGGUUAUGUUCCUAGGGAAUUAAUGUAGAAGUUGGUAACAAACUAAGAUUCCACCAGCAAAUGCAAAACAGUUAUAUUGAAAAACUGAAACCAGGAAGUCAAAAACAUCAGUUGUUCCUGGUCAGUAGUUUAGAAAGCACGAACUUAAUUUUAUGGACCUAGUUCAGCAAAUGAUAGGUACUUUUGAGCAUUCAUGUGUAAAUUUAAAAAAGAGAAAAAAGAAAAAAGAAACGCUAGUGUUUCAAUCAUUUUGCGAGUCUUACCUAAUGUUGUGGGAGAAAAUAAGAGGGUGCCAUUUCAGUCUAGAUAAUCAGGCCCUUGUUGGGUCUGCAAUCCUGCUCUGACAUUCUGUUUUGGGUUUUUUAGGUAGCUUAGGAAAAGCAAUUGCAGUACACUUACUUUAAAUAGUUGUAGUUUAAGUGCUUGUAUAUAUGUAACAUACAAAACUGUGGGGAAAUUUGACCUUAAUUUCAACCGCAACAGUAGCAUAUUUGAUCUGUUGCUUCAAGUGUUGGAGGUGUCCACUUCAAAGGAGAGGAGGAAACUUCUGGCUGUAUGGAACUGGAUGGUAUUGCAAAAUGCACUGGGAUGGACCAAAGAGAUGGGAAAAUGAUGAUGUUCUUUUAUGCUGUCUGAGAAUCCCUGGCUGUUUGUACAUACAAAAUUUAUGGAAUUCACGUAAGGCCAUCUUUUUUUUCUUUUUUUUUAAUUUUUAUUUGGGGCUCUUUGAUUCCUGCAGCUGAAUACAAAGCCUUUUCAGGCCUUGCACAGAAGCUAUUUUUUGCAUAUGCGUGCUGGAGGAGAAAUGAGGUAUAGGCUCCCAGGGCUCCAUGGCACUCUUCCAGCACAGAUCUGAACGUGGACUUUCUCAACACCCACCUCCUCUCUAUGGACACUUUAGCCACAUCUCUUUCUCUCUUCGUAUACAGGGCAGGUGGCCUACACAGAUGAUAUUUCUGGCUCAGUGCAGCAUGCUGAGGGGCAGAUCUGAUCCUUGCACAUGGUUGGGAGUUAUCAAAGGCUGCCCGACUUCAGCAGAUCAGUCUUGAAAGAAAGUAGGAAUGCUUGAGUUCUAUUCCUGCAUGCCCACAGAUCACCAUUUAAGAGCAUCACAGUCUUGCAACUGCUGCUUUAUAGAAGCAUGCUUUUUCUUGAAUGAUAGUAGCUAAUUCUGUGACUCUCAUGGAUUUUUCUUCCAUGACCAUAAAAUCUGAAGAACUAGGCUUGUGUUUCAUUGGGAAAUAAAAAUGAUCUGGGCCAACACUGUUGUGAAUGGGUAGCAAACUAAUAUGGCUUAUUUUAGAUAAUCAGAU